AUGCUUGUUGGCAGCAUUCCUGAGCUCUGGGAGAUGUGGGUGCGGCCGAUGGCAGAGAGCGGCAAAGGUGUUACAAAGCAGGCAACAGUUGAAGGGCUGUUCUCCAAGGAUUGCAUCCUUCCUUGCUCUUUCCCACCUGGGAAUGGUGAAGUAAUUCACUGGAAGAAAGGGGACAAAAAUGUGCACAGCUACUACAUACAGAGUGAUCAGAUGAAAAAUCAAGACUUGGAUUACAAAAGCAGAACAUACCUUUUCCACCAGAACAUUCAUAAUGGAAAUGCCUCCUUGAAACUUAGUAACCUGACUGUGACUGAUGAGGGCCUUUAUAACUGCUAUGUGGGAACACUGGAAACAAAAACAGAAUGGAAAGUGACGCUGUAUGUAAGAGUUUCCUCUUAUUAUGCACUGGAAUACCAAAAGACAGGCUCGAGAAGAAUGCUGAUGUGCUACGCCUUCCUCACAUAUCCAGCACCACAGAUAACUUGGCUACUAGGCAAUACAUCCAUCCAGGAAACAAAUCAGGAGACAAGCAGGGAUGGAGUUCUGUAUUCUCUUAGAAGUGACCAGAAUAUUGCAAACACAACUGACACUUACCACUGUCGUAUUCAUCUCCCCUAUGCAAACUGGACUGCCGAGUGGCGGAUGGAAGAGCAGCUGUCUGUUGUAGAAGGAGGGAACACUACAGUUCCUUGUGACUACAGCAACACCAUUGCAGACACUGAAGGUUUCAGUGUUGUCUGGACAAGAGAUGGAGUGAUUUUAGGCAUGGCUGCCUUCAAUGGAACAUUUCACUCAUCCCAUCCUCGAGCCCAGGUGAACCAAAGUGACUUUUCACUGAUGCUGCAUGAUCUUACUACCCAGGACAGCGGAGAAUAUCUGUGCAAUAUUUCAACACCUUACUACACAAAGCUCAUUGUGAGAACUUUAGAAGUUGAGAACUCAAAAGGCAUCGGGGCAAUUGUGACUGGAGCGAUCGUCUCGGCUGUGGCGCUGCUGGUCGGUGGUGGUGUUGGUGUGGUUUUCUGGAACAAGGUAGAUCCAACACUGAAGCUUCAGUGUGAGAAGAGUGAACACUCAGCUUCAGUUAUGUUGCUGGUGGAUCAGAUGGAAGAAGCAAGAAUGUUUCCUGCACUGUUACACGUAGAAGAAGAGAACAUGAAAACAGAGCUGCUGCUGCUGCAGAGAGUGGAGUGCAUCUUCCACUUAACCUCCCGAAGUCAAAACAACAUGAAAAUGUGA